UGCAGAGAGACGUAGACGAACGUUUGGACGGCAGCAUUUGAAAUAGCUUUUUUCUUCUUCUGCAUGUCAUCAUGCGCUGGUUACUGGCUGGAUGCUGUGGACUCGCUUUGAUCAGUAUCUCAGUGGCCUCAGACUCUCCCAAACUGAUCAUCCAGAAGCCCCGGUUCUAUGGUGUGCCAGUCGGACGCAACUUGGGCAUUUACUGUGUGCCCGCCUUUGGGACUGUUCGGCUAGUCAGCGUAGAGUGGUACAAGGCUGAUGAGUAUGACGCGCCUGAAAAAAGAAGCAAGUUAAUGACAGAAAACAAUAAGUUUCACUAUAGUAACACCACUGUGAAGCAAAUGGCCUUCCUCCAAAUCCAUAAGGUGAACAUAAAUGACAGCGGACUGUACUUCUGCAAGAUAAACAAUGAAUGGGGACCUGGGACUGCGGUUCAAGUUGCCAGACCCCUUAAUGAGAAAGAGGCUCUGCACAGGACCAGGAUGAAGGAUGGGCUCAUCAUUCUCCAGGGCCUGGUGUUGGCUGUGUGUGUUGCUGCUCUACUGCUACGCAAACAACGUUUGUGGGAAAAGAGAGACAGCAUAUAUGAGGAGCCUGAAACUGAUCACAUCUAUGAGGGUUUGGCGAUUGAGACAUGUGGAGGAGGUCUGUAUGAGGAACUCUCUGUGUACGCCGAGGCUGAAGUAGCUGAGGCCCCGUGGGAGUAAGACAUCCACACAAUAACGUACGAGGUCUUGGUUUUAAAUGUACAUAUCAUGUGUUGUUAGGAGUCCUCAGUGGGCCCUGCUCAGAUGUGGAGAUGUGUCAUUUUCCUCUAGUACAGUGUUUGUUUAUAAACGUGCAACAUGUUACUUCUAAAAUGCUUGCUACAUACGCAGCCCGUUCUCCAGAAUAAAAUGUUGACAUUGUGCAUCUCUGAAAACCAUGUAUAUGUUACACUGCCACAUUUCAUACACAUUAGAUUAAUAUCUCUUAAGUGAUGUGGUCCAGAUUGCGUCUAUAUGAGAUAAGUGUCUCAUCUGGAGGAGGAGGGGAUGGCGGAUGGCAUGAGGCCUCCAUGAGACACCUCAGUGAGAAGGCUGUUCGAGACCAACAAACAACAAAACUCAUUUUUUUACAACACAUUGGGACAUUUCCAGCU